GACAAUCGAUUCUUACCGCAGUCCGGCUCGGCGGUGCAACAUGGCAGACAAGAACAAAGUUGCUGAACAAUAUUACGCUCCCCCACCGGAUCUAGGAAAAUGGGAGUCAUUCAGGAUUUUCCUAUGGAAUUCCGAGACGGGGCAGUUUCUUGGCCGCACCGGAUCAAGCUGGGCUAAAAUUCUACUAUUCUACCUAAUCUUCUAUGCCAUCCUGGUCGGCUUCUUCGCGGCCAUGCUGGCUAUCUUCUACCAGACCCUGGACUCCAAGAUGCCCAAGUGGCAACUGGAGGGCUCACUCAUUGGCAACAACCCAGGUCUGGGCUUCCGACCCAUGCCCGACUCGGCCAACGUGGAGAGCACGCUGAUCUACUACCGGGCCAACGACAAGGGCUCCGUGCUGAAGUGGGCCAAGAUCAUCGAUGAGUACCUGGACCAAUACCGCAAGAAGGGCAGCGGCAGCGGCGAGGCGACUGGAGCGGAGAACCGCGUGGCCUGCAACCCCAACACCGGCUCGCGAGACCUGGGCGAGAAGCAGGUCUGCGACGUCCCCGUCGACGACUUCCACCCUUGCACCUCUGCCAACCAGUAUAACUACGAGGAGGCCGGCCCUUGCGUGUUCUUGAAGCUCAAUAAGAUCUUCAACUGGGUACCCGACCCAUACAACAGCACCGAGGAUGUCCCCUCCAACAUGCCUGAUGACCUGAAACAGCACAUCAAGAUGGUCUCUGGCAAACCAGAAGCAAACACCGUGUGGGUGUCCUGUGAAGGUGAAAAUCCUGCUGACGUGGAGAACAUCGGCCCGGUCCAGUACAUCCCUCGACGGGGCUUCCCGGCCUUCUACUACCCCUUCACCAACAAGGAGGGCUACCUGAGCCCCCUGGUCGCUGUGCUCUUCGAGAAGCCCAGGACGGGUGUUUUAAUCAACAUCGAGUGCAAAGCAUGGGCGAAGAACAUCCAAUACGACCGCUACGAGCGGCGCGGCUCAGUUCACUUCGAGCUGAUGGUGGACCGCGGCUAAACGGCCCCCUGCCCGCCAGCCUGUUGACUCGCUAGCCGGACUGACUAGAACCCACCCACCACCCACACCUCACCCACCGAACCCAGCGUUAGACCAGCUGACCGUCUCAGGAAUCCAUUGACUGAACAAGCAACCAUUGCCGAUUAUCGCCUCGGCCUUUCAACUUGCACAUCGAUUUGGCAUCACAGCCAUUGUCAAUCAAACUAAUAUCAACAUCAAAUAAAUAGCUGACUGUCUCAGUCCUCAAAAGAUUGGUAGCGUCUUGCUCUAGUGAGGUGUCAGAUAAAUAUCACAGACAUUCCACUCUAGCUGGUGAUGCUAAUCAAUGCUUUUACUGUCAUCGACUCGCUCGGCUUUUCAGCCAUUGAGUAAACCAAUAUUAACAUAGAAUAAGUAGCUGACUGUCUCGGUCCUCAGAUUGAUAGCGUCUUGCUCUAGUGAGGUGUCUGUACGAGAGUGAUCAGACAUCUCAGUCUAGCUGGAGAUGCUAAUCAAUGCUUUUUCUGUCAUCAACCAGCUGUCAUCUUAGCCAUUGAGAACCAAUAGAAUAUUAGUAAUUAGUAUUGCACAAAUAACUCAUAGUCCCGUUAGUCCCUCGUGGUAAGCUAAAGAAAUGAUUGUGUGAAAUGUAUGUGAGCAGCGGUGGGAUUUGAAACCGUGUUCCACGGACCCCUUCACCAUUCGGCUAUCGUGGUUUCAAACUAUUAACAUCGAAUGAGUAGCUGACUGUCUCAGUCCUCAACAGAUUUAUAGCGUCUUGCUAGGUAUAAUGAGGUGUCUGUUUAAAUAUCACAGACAUCCCAAACAAUCAACUGAUGCUCAGACAUCGAUAAGUUGAUUUGCUAGUACCGACAGCUGGUAAACUAAAGAAAUAAUGGCUUGUAGGCAUUAAAAUUGAGUGAAUGGUUUUGGCAUAAUAAGAUUAACUUCAAAUAAUAAUAGGAACUAAACUAAACUAAGCUGUGAUUCAGAGAAAAUCACUUCAAUGAUAAUACAACGGAACAAUACACAAGUGAGAAGACCAUAAAGAAGAACUGACUGAAUUCUAUCUAAGCACUCGGGAAGAAAAAAAACUAUCGAAGUAGCGUUUAAGGAAUGGUUUGAAUAACUUUUAUUGAGUAAAUGAUGAGGGAAAUAAAGAGAAACAUCAUCAACCCUUCUUAGAGGGCUUGAUAAUUGGAGAGUGUCUUUGUCUCAGUCAGUUUUUCAAUCAGGAUAGUUGGGAGAAUGCGAAUGAGCGACUGUUUAAACGGCCCUUUAUAUUUAAGGGUCACGCGCACCUUGUAAAACAUUCAAAAUAAUAUCUUCGGCACUGUCGUAUUACCUUGCAUCUUGUUCACCAGAUGCACGUGGGCCACAACAAUUCUUGCUAUUGUUAUUAUUUGUUCCUGAUUGACCCCAGGAACAUUAUUUUUGAUUUUUUGUGGAACCGUGGAAACAUCCCGACUUGAUGACAGGUGAUUGACAAGGUGCCAGCUCGCCCUAGGGCAAGUGAGCGGGUCAGCGCAACCACCCCCCUUCCCGGCUGACCAUGGGCUGUGGCAGCCAGGAAGAUCUCAGUUGCACCGUGAAACCGUGGUUAUUCAAACAUCGCUAGGAGCUGGAAGACACUGUGAUUUGCAAGGUGCCUGCUCGCCGCCAAGCGAAUGAGCGGGUUAGCGCAAACUACCUCAAACCUUUCUGGCCGAUCGAUGUGACAGCUAGAAGGAUUUAAUCUUCAUUUCACAGUGCAUCCCUGACUAUUCAAAACAUCCUGACCAACUUGGAGUUACGGUGAUUCGCAAGUUGCUUACUCGCCUCAAGGCAAGUGAGCGGUUUAGCGCAUCUACCUCAAAGGAUCCAGGCUGACCAUGGGAUGUAGCAGCCAGGAAACCCUUUUCAAAUACUACAUCCACUUCCUGACUGAAAAUUCCAAGCCAUCAGCCAGGAAGUUCUUUUUCGUUUCACAGUGGAACCGAACCGUGGUUGACUUGACUUUAGGGUGAGGUGAAUGGCAAGGUGCGCAGAGCGUGAGUUUAGGUCUACAAGCCAUUUUUUAGUGACAAAAAAGAUGUAUUAAAAGCUACUUGUUCAACUACCAGAUGCGCCUUUACCACUGAGCAGUUGUUAUGUCUGGUUAUGUGAUGCAACGACUCAAAAAAGUGCAUUAGAAAGUAGAAGAUUAAGUGCACUUUACAUCAGCCGCCAGUCAAUUGAUCGAGUUGCUGAGAUCUUAAAAAGUCAUUAGAAUAAACAGUCAUGUAUACCCGCAACUCUUUAUUUGACUGACUGGAUCGGUUCAACGAUUGUCUGUUGUAAGUUCAAAGAUUGGUUGUUUGUUCACAGAACAAAUAUUCUGAUCUGAAGUGCACAAAUUGUUUCGAUACGUAAUUGGUAAAUGAUAAUAAAAUUAAUCAGUAAACGGUCAGCUGGUCAGCUAAACACCUAUCACAGCAUCAUAAUGGCAGUCGGCCAAAUACAAAAUCGUGCCCCACAGUCAUCGGAUGGCUCAGCCAUCGGUCAGCUGGCAAAUAAAUCGGCUAGCUGACUGGUUGUUGGGUUGUCGCCGGCCAAUCGACUGGCGGGUCGGAAUGCCAAGGCAACCAACUGGUCACCAAGUUGACUUUGACAACGCUAUCACUGCCAAGCUCGCGCUGCGGUCACCAGUUCGUCGCCAGCAAGCUGCGGUAGAAGCCACGCAGCCGGUAGCAAUAGCCACAUAGUCGGCCAUUAAUUUAUAUUCGUUUUAGAAUAAGCCACAUGGCGCCCUAAGUUAAGUUUGUUUUCACGCUUCAAAUAAAAUUUAAAAUAAUGAUAUUUAUUAUGUAAUGUUUUCUGGACGAUAUGUCAAUAAACACGCAAUAGUUGGUUCUACUUUA